AUAAUGCUCAUAAAAAGCAAAAAACUUCUUUAAAAUAAACGAAAAAGUUCUGUCUAACUUGUGGUUGAUACGUCGGCAACACUGUAAACAAAAAGUUGAAGUGCGCGUUGCUAUUUUAACAAAAUCGAAAGCUUACAGAUAAACGCUAAUCGGGUCGCCUAAAACGUCAGUAGUAACUGUUUGAAAAAAUGAGGUUUUCUAUUUUCGUAAUAACCCUCGUCUAUUUUUCACUCGGAUGGGCUGCUCCUUACGGCAAUUUUUCUAGAGAAAUUAACAACACAAAUGUAAAAAUUGCUAAUUAUCCCUUUUACGUCCAAAAAUUUCCGUUUAGUCCUAACUGUAGUGGUGAUGUUUCAUUCAUUAUAAAUUCUCCUCCUGUUAACGGAAAAGGUAUCAUUUUGGAGACGAGAAGGGCUAGCUCUAUUUUGACAGUUCCUGCUGAUAACUCCAGUGUUACUUGUGUCAAUUUUGAAAAUAAGAAGGAAACAUGCUACUCAGGAGAUUCUCCUAAAUGCUUCAAUGUGCCACAAUUCGAGAAAGAGGUUGUUGUUGUAAUGAGAGAUUCUUCCCGUCCAGUUGAGGAUUUAUCGACGACAGCUUUCGAUGAUUAUUAUAUGAUAACCCCAAAUAUGACAUACGCGUAUUUGAAUUCAAGCACACAAUCUUAUAGUAACACAUCGCAAUUGAUUUACAAAAACUAUCUGUAUCCUUGUGGGGGUAAUCAAACAUGUCAAUUUGACUACCUGAGCAGUGAAAUUAUUCUUACUACAAAAACUUCUCACAAGUUUUCUUACAGUAUUAAGGAAAAAAUUUAUGCUGCAGAAGCAGAUUACUUAGACGAUUUGAAUUCGCAAUUGAACGCAAAUACAAGACUUUCGACUUUGACUUACAAAUCACCAAAGUUAAAGUCUAUACCAAAUGCAAAGGCGAUUAAGCAAACUAAAGUAGGAGCCCGUUCCUCCUCGUCCUCGAUUAAGGCGAAUAGUUUUCUCUAUAAGACUUUGGCCUUUGGUUUGAGUUUGCUGAUAAUUUUUACAUAACCAAAACUAGUUAGAAAAUCCAUAAACUAGCUUAAUUUCGCAAUAUAUUCAAAAUAUUCGUUACUACAGAA